AUGAGUCGGCCCCGGCGUCAUUUUCUAGGCGCUUGCCUCGGGGCUUUCCUAUUGUUCCUGCUUUACCGCUAUCAUCACACAAACACCGGCAAUCUUAUCACGAUCUCUCCACAUGGUACAUCAAAAGCCGCCCUGAAAGUUGAAAUCAACCCAAAAUAUUUAUGGAGAAAGCUGCCUGUGCGAUACCCAGUUGCUGAAAUCCGGCCACUACCUGUCGCACUGCCCCGGACACUGCCGGAGGUCCAACCGACAGACCCCGAAGCAUCUCGUCUCAAAUUGAAGCCCCAAACUAGCAGACAGUCGGCGGUGAAAGAAGCCUUUGAAAGAUGUUGGAAGUCAUACCAGUCGCUUGCUUGGCGCGCAGAUGAGCUCGCGCCGCUCAGUGGUAGCCCUAAAAAUACGUUGGGGGGAUGGCGUGCCACGCUAAUUGACAACCUUGACACACUGUGGAUUAUGGGGAUGCAUAAUGAGUUCAAAAAGGCCGUGGAUGCGGUCACGGAUAUCAAAUUCGAACAUCCACAGUCUCCCAAAAUCAAUACGUAUGAUGUCAACAUCCAUUUACUCGGAGGCUUGCUGGCAGCAUUUGAUCUCAGCGCUGAUCUGAAAUUGCUGAAAAAGUCCAUCGAGCUAGGCGAUAUGCUCUACGCUGCCUUUGAUACCCCAAACAGAAUGCCCAUCAUACACUGGAACGCACACAAAGCUGCGCGCAAAGAGGAGCAGCCUACGGAGGAGAGUGUUCACAGUGUAGAACUAGGCUCGUUUACAUUGGAAUUCAUAAGGUUGUCUCAGAUCACUGGUGACCCAAAAUACUUCGAUGCGGCCCAACGGGUCAUGGAAUUGUUUGACACGCAACAAGGCGCCACCAAGCUCGCGGGUCUUUGGCCCGUUUCCGUGAAUGCCAGGGAAGGGCGUUUCGACGACAAUACCUUCACAUUAGGUGCUGGAGUGAGCUCGCUAUACAAGUCCCUACCCCAGGCAUAUGCUUUGUUAGGAAGCCAAGUGCCCAUGUAUCGCAGGAUGUACGAGAAUGCGACACUCACAGCCGCGGGCCACAAUUUAUUCCGACCAAUGAGCCCCGAGGGCAAGGACGUGCUCUUUUCCGGCACUGUUCGAGUGUAUUCGCAAACAGACCUCGAGGCACAAAUGCAGUACCAAUCUUGUGCUGCCGGGGGUAUGUUUGCACUAGGAGGCGCACUACUCAACAUCCCCACCCACCAAGAAAUCGCCCACAAGUUGGUCGAUGGAUGCAUCUGGGCUCACAGAGCCAUACCAUUAGGGAUUAUGCCCGAAGCCUUUGAUGCGGUUCCAUGUGCGUCGCAGACGAACUGUCCAUGGAGCGAGCGGUACUGGAAGCAGGAGGUCUGGAAAAAGGCGAACAGCCUCGAACCAGAAGCUGAUCCAAAUCUCAAAGUCGAUGCUCUUAUCAAAGACCGCCGGCUGCCCACGGGGUUCGUCGGAAUCCCGGACACUGCUUAUAACUUGCGCCCGGAAGCGAUCGAGAGCAUGUUUACUCUCUACCGCGUCAGCGGCCGUGAGGAUCUCCUCGAUGCAGCUUGGGAUAUGUUCCAGGCAAUACAAAGUGCGACACAGACGAAGAAUGGCAAUGCGGCUAUUGCUGCUGUCACGGAUGAGGGUAGUGAACUGACCCUCAAAGACUCGAUGGACAGCAUGUGGAUGGCGCAGACACUGAAAUAUUUUUAUCUCAUGUUCAGCUCUCCAGACCUAAUCAGUUUGGAUGAGUUUGUUUUCAAUGCUGGAGGACACCCGCUGAAACGCCCCGAGGCGCCAUGA